CAGCGGUUGAGCUACUUUCACCUUCACUAAUGAUUCAUCGCUUUCAAAACCUUCCCACCAAGAUUCUCUUCCACGAAGAUUUUUCUCCAUGCCUUUCUUCAUCCCUUUCCCCAAACCCUAGCUCUCUUCCUCCACCAUGUCACUCUCCGGCGGCGGGCCACUCACCGCCGCCUCCUCGUGCUCUUGCUUUUCCGGCGAUAAUGGAGGUGAUCCCCGCGACGGUCGUGGCAAAUUGAGCAAUUGGAGCUGUCCGCAGUGCAGGCGAUCUCAUCUUCCUUCUUCCUCGUCUUCUUCCUCUUUGCUCAGCUUCGAAUCAGUUCCACUUAAGGACUAUGACAAGCUAUGGAGGAUCGUCGCUGCUUCGGUCAAAGGUUUCGCCAUUGGAGCUGGGCUCAAAGGUGGCCUCGCUACCUUCGCUGUCCUUACUCGACUAAGACGGCGGCGAUUGUCGACUGCGAAGAAGGUUGAAAUGGCUUCUAGCAGCGACGAUCUGAUUUUAGCAGUAAAAGAUACUCUCAGAUACGGUCUCUUCCUUGGAACCUUUGCUGGCACAUUCGUUUCGAUGGACGAACUUAUAGCUGCUUUGGGAGGAAACCGCAGAACUGCGAGAUGGAGAGCUUUCUUGGCGGGUGCUAUUGCGGGCCCUUCAAUUCUUCUUACUGGAUUGGACACACAACAUACAAGUUUGGCCAUUUACAUCCUCAUGCGUGCUGCUGUCUUGGCAUCCCGUUGUGGAAUUAAAAGCAAGAAAUUCGGGAGCGUCUGCAAACCUCUUACUUGGGCUUAUGGAGAUAUUUUCCUCAUGUGUCUUUCCUCUGCACAAAUUUUGUCUGCUUACAUACUGAAGCAGGACAGCUUGCCUCCUUCAUACAAGUAUUUUCUCAAUAAACAUGGUGGGAAGGAUCCCAUUCUCCUCGAAGGUGCAAAAAAGUUAUUAUCUGGAUUGCCUUUAACUAAUUUGGAGGCAAUAGAGAAGUAUUACAAUGCCAGACAUGUUGAUAUUAAGCUGGAUCCACAGAUGAAAGUGCCUUGCUCGAUUCUUCAUGGAAAUCAAUCAUGUAGUUCACAUUCUAUUUCAUUUCUUUUCCAAGCCUACAGAAGAGCUUUACCAGUUUAUAUCCCAGUUUAUUUGAUCCCUGCACUAAUAGUUCACCGACAAGACCUCUUCAAAAGGCCUUACACAAUUUUGUGGAAAGGGCUUCUUGGAACUGCAAGAUCGAGCUUAUUUUUGUCCAUGUAUUGUUCAUCAGCUUGGAUGUGGACAUGCCUGCUUUUCAAAUUAUGCAAAAGAAGCAACAUUCCAAUCUUGGCCAUAGGAACGUUCCCAGCAGGCCUGGCAUUGGCCAUUGAGAAGAAAAGCAGACGGAUGGAGAUUUCGCUUUACUGUCUUGCACGAGCUAUUGAGAGUUUCUUCGUAUGCAGCCUGGCUAAUUUAGGAUAUUUACCGUCAUCGAAGAGACUGAAGAGAGCUGAUGUGGUGAUUUUCAGCAUUUCUACUGCAAUGAUCAUGCACUGCUACGCAAUAGAGAGGGAUGUCUUCCGAUCAAAGUACCUAAAUGUCCUUGAUUGGGUCUUUGGUGUGCCCUUACCCCAUUCUGAGACUGUAGGUAAGAAAGCUGAACUCCACUGAGCACUGAAUUAAAGAAAGGUUAUUAAUUUUGUCACAGGCUUCUCCUGAAAUGAAAAUCAGGUGAAGUUAUAUAAACCUGAUAGCAUGAAGUUUGAGAUUAUAAAGUUAUAAUUCAUUGCUGAUUCAA